AUGGGGGACACAGGGAUCAGUGGAGAAGUAAUCGGGAUUGACCUAGGCACGACCUACUCCUGCGUCGCCGUCGCUCGAAAGGGUCGCGGCGUCGAGAUCAUAGCCAACGACCAAGGCAACCGAACCACCCCUUCCUACGUCGCCUUCUCCCCGGCCUCCGCCGGCUCCGAACGCUUCAUCGGCGAAGCCGCCAAGAACCAGGCCCCCCUCAACCCUCGCGGAACAAUUUUCGACGCCAAGCGACUCAUCGGGAAAAAGUACGACGACCCAGAGGUUCAUAAAGAUCUGAACUACUUGCCCUACCCCGUCGUGGAAAUACACGGAAAGCCUUGCAUCGAAGUGGAAGUUAAGGGCAAGCUAAAAAUCUUCACCCCGGAAGAAAUCAGCGCCAUGGUGCUGUGGAGGAUGAAGGAGACCGCGGAGCUGUAUCUUGGGAAGCAAGUAAUCAACGCCGUCGUCACAGUCCCGGCCUACUUCAACGACUCCCAGAGGCGGGCCACCAAGGACGCCGGCAUUAUCGCCGGGCUCAAUGUUUUGCGGAUAAUCAACGAGCCGACUGCCGGCGCUCUAGCCUAUGGCGUGAACCAAGGUCCCGACAAAAAGGGGACCAUUCUGGUUUACGAUUUAGGCGGCGGGACGUUCGACGUCAGCGUUUUGGAAAUCAACGACGGCAUAUUCGAGGUACUGGCCACGGGUGGUGAUACACAUCUCGGCGGGGGAGAUUUCGACCAAAGGGUGAUGAAGUAUUUCAUCGAUCUGAUAAAGAAGAAGUACAGGAAGGAUGUGAGCGAAGACCCGAAAGCCUUGGGGAAGCUGCGGAGGGAAUGCGAGAGGGCGAAAAGGGUACUGAGCACUCAGACGCAGACUAGGGUUGAGAUUGACUCUCUGAUUCAAGGAGUGGACUACUUUUGUGAGCCGUUGACCAGGGCGAGAUUCGAGGCUUUGAAUUUAGAUCUGUUCGAGAGGACACUGGAGAUAGUGAAGUCGACGCUCAAGGACGCAAAGGUGAGUAAGGGCACGAUCGACGAGAUUGUGCUGGUUGGUGGGAGCACACGGAUUCCUAAAGUUGGAGAGAUGUUGAGGAAGGCGUUUGACGGGAAAGAGCCGAGCAAUGGGAUCAACCCUGAUGAAGCUGUGGCUUAUGGUGCUGCUAUCCUAGGAGCCAAUCUCGCCGGUGACCGGCCUGGAGUUGGUGCUAUUUUAUUCGAUGUCACUCCCUUGAGCUUGGGGAUCGGAGUCCAUGGCGAUCUGAUGUCCAUAGUGGUGCCCAGGAAUACACCCAUUCCUACGAAGAAGUCGAACGGCGAGUACAUAACUGUGAAAGAUCAGCAAACUAGUUUGUUUAUCGAGGUUCUUCAAGGUGAAAGAGCCCGCGGCAAAGAUUGCUUCCUGCUCGGAAGUUUUACACUAACAGGCAUUCCAGCUGCUCCAAGGGGAGCGGUGCCGGUGGAGGUGACAUUCGAGGUUGAUGCGGAUGGAAUCCUAACCGUCACGGCGAAGGAGGAAGCCACCGGGAAUUCUAAUUCCCUCGCCAUCGACAACUACAAGAGGAAUUUGAGUUCAAGGGAGAUUGAGAGGAUGAUCAGAGAGGCGAGGGAGAUGGCCGAGCACGACAAGAAGGAGACAGCUCGUGUUGAAGCGAGGAACCAGUUGGAGGACGCCAUUUACGAUUUGAACAAGGCGGUGGCUGCGAAGCUUCAUAUGAAAUAUGGCGAGGUGGAAGAGGCUGUGAGAGAAACUUCAGAAUGGCUUGAUAACAACAAUAGUACUGCAUCCAUGCAAGAUUACAAGGACAAAAGUCGGAAGCUGAAGAACUUGUUGAAGAAGGUUUGA